AAAAACAUAUUUAUACAAGUUUCUUUUCAUUCUCCUCUCCCUCACACUGUCAUAAUUUUUCACUUUCUUUUGUUUUAAUAAAUAAUCUAAUCUUACAAUCAACUUAAAAUUAAUAUGAUAAUAUUAUCUGUAACCGUUCUUGGCGCUACGCGUUCAGUGAUCAGUGUGACAAAGGACUCGUAGAAGGAAAUUACACAGUAACAACGUCAUACACGGCAAGAAAAAGUGAAUAACGGCACAUUCAUAGUUCGGACGAGUCACUUAGCAAGUGUUCACACGUCAUCAAACUACUUCCAAGUAUGAUUAUAUUUGAUACGUAUGUAAGAAAAUACUUUGUUUAGCCCGAUAACGAGGGACCUUGAAUCAUUUCAAUCUAACGCGAUAACGUCGUCAAUGUUACGAUAGUCACUGAUAUAUAAUAGGAGAGAGAAAGAGUCUGAGAAGUCUUCUCUCUGCUAGAUGGUAGCAUUCACAUACGUACAUAUAUGUUCUGUGUAUGUUACAUGCAUGCUUGCUUUUGUUAUAGGAGUGUAUGUGUCGUAAGCGGACAUUCAUUGCAAACUAUAAAUUUGUGCCACGUUAGAAAAUAAAUAAAUGGUAUGCAUUAUGUGUGCCAUACAAAUAAUGAUUCUAAUCAUUUGUUCCAUAUGGAUUUAUCUUUGGUUCUUGAAAAAGCAGCUCUCGCAUUAUCUGGGUUUAGAUAUACAAUUUAUCCUAAAACGAUGGUGGGCUCUUUGGUGCAUCUCAAAGGGAACAAAGAAAACAAAGAGAAGCAAGCUUAAAAACAGCGAUGUGAUAUCCAAUAUAAAGAAGAUGUUGAAAGCAUCCUUUGACGAUCCAAAAAUUAUUAUGGAUGAAAACAGUUGCGAUAGUAUAUCCUUUUAUGGUGCCGAUCAAAAGGGCAAUUGGUUAUUUGUUAAAAUGAUUCAUAAAGGAUAUCAUACAACAGAAUUGAUGUUGCAAGUCACCCUAUCGGAUGGUCGAGUCUACGUGCUACCUGAUUAUCCCGAUACAACGACGAUAGAAGGCACAGGCCAAAAAUGGUCGGCGCCAGAUCUAAAGAUCGAGUCGUUAGAACCACGACAACGUUGGAGAAUUACGUACAAUGGUUUCCUCCGAAACCAAUGUCGAGGAGACAUAUCCAAUAACGACAAUGUAGAAUAUAUUCGUCUAAAUUUUAUAUUUAUUGGCAAGCCGCGAUCGUUAGAGUGGCCAGGUGACUGGAGUACUUAUUUGCACGCGGACGCUUUAGCACGUGAACCAUGGAAGAGUCCCGAUUGGAUGCACAAAAUUAAAUUAAUAGAUUAUACCGGUUUCGACCUAUGGGGAUCCAUUAUCGGACAAGUAACGUUCAAAGAUUCAAAUGCGAGUGCGUUUUAUUUACGAGGACUCUGCCAACGACGCUGGGGUAAACGUGAAUCUUAUCAAUUUCGUCGAACCGUCACAUUUUUUGGCGUGACGCGACAUGGAGCGAUGUAUUAUCUUGGCGUGAGCAAAACCAAACGUAGCUUUUCACAUAUGCAAUUUGGACAUCUCGUGGAGGCCGGAGGAACGAUAAUCAAAAUUGAUUGGACUGAUCUAAAACUGAGCGAUUUUGAAAAAGAAGAUACAAUUCCCAUGAAUUACAAGAUUGCAUUUACAGCGGCUGGGAAACGAUACAGCUCCGUUAUCAAUUAUUCGGUGGGCAACGCGAUAACCUGCUAUAACGGCCAGCCAUGGUGUUGGACUUGUACAACUCGAAAUUUGCGCGUACAACUAAACGGCAGUACAGGUGUCGGACUGAUGAUUACAUGCUACCCAUACGCUGGACCGAUGAGACAAGCCAAAACUUGGAUCGCGAAAAUUCAAUAUAGGAUAUCGCGGCCCGACGCGUUUACGCAAAAAGAUAAAUACAUUCUACAUUUUAGCGAUAAACAAUGUCAGAAUGAAAAUGUCGUUGGAGGGAAGGGAUAUUCUCUCGCGGUUCUGACAUCUGUGGCUGCGGAUGACCAUUUGACAGCGUUCACGGUACCUCGGGGCUUUUGCGUAACGAACAUCGCUCUGGAACGGCAAUUGCAACAUUACGAACAACUGCAAAACUUAAUCGCUGAUAUAGUAGAUAUUAGUCGUUGCAAAAGAGAAGAGGACCUCGAAAGUUACUGUCAAAAGGCGGUGUCCAUUAUUCAGAGUACUCCUGUCGAAGAAGAAAUUGCAAAAGCGAUAUUACAAGGUUUGAGGGAAUUGGAAUCGUCCGCGAGUAAAGAACACACACACAGCGUGUGUGUCCGGCGUAGGAUCGAGUGCUACGCCGUAAGAUCGAGCGCGAUUGGAGAAGACAGCGAGGAAACUUCGGCCGCUGGUCAAAACUCGACGUAUUUAGGAGUGAAAGAUGCGAAUGACGUUGUGAGACACGUCGCUAGAUGUUGGGCAAGCCUGUUCUCGUAUCAAAGCGUCAAGUACAGGCAACAGAACGGACUAUCGAUAAAAGCAUCUAUGGGUGUUUGCGUUCAGAGAAUGGUCGACGCGGAAGCGGCUGGCGUCAUGUUUACCAGACAUCCUACGACCGGAGAUCCGUCCAACAUUAUUAUUACAGCCAAUUACGGCUUAGGAGAGUCGGUGGUGUCGGGAAAAUUCGAGACUGAUACUUUGACGAUUCAUAGAAAGUGGGACGACACUCUGACUAUGGGUACCUCGGUGCUGGGAAAUAAGGAGCGGAAGAUCUCGCUCCUUACUAACGAUGACGAGCACUCUGGUGUAACUACGAGCGCUCUAAGUGAAGAGGAAAUUAAUAAAAUCUCGAUAUCCGAUAGAAUCGCUCUGCGAUUAGCUGAAAUAGGAUUGCGCUUAGAAUCACUUUUUGGAUCUGCUCGAGAUGUGGAAUGGGCGAUUGUCGACGAGCGGAUCUAUCUGUUGCAAGCGCGACCUGUCACAACUGUUAACGCAUGGACGGAUUUCGAGAUAAUGCACGAGUUAGACUCGGGAGUACCUUGCGACGUCGAUCUCAUGACUUUUGCCAAUGUAGAGGAAGUGCUUCCUUAUCCCGUUGCCCCUCUCACGAUUUCGACAGUUAUAAAAGUUUUGAAUCUGUCGCUUUGCGAGAAAUUCAACAAGUUUGAUUCCACUUAUCUUCAUAUGAUUGGUAUGAGGUGCACGAUAAAUUACUCGGAAUCAACUUUACAAAAUGUUAGUAAGGAAAUAACGAUGAUGAACAAAAUGAUAGACUUGGCCGUAUGCGGACGUGUAAUAACGACACCCGAAGUGCACGAGGCAGCGAUAGAGAAAUACGGUAUCGCGAGCACAUGGCGUGGCGUGUAUGCGUUAUACGAUUUGUUUAAAGCAACAUGGACGAAUAAUACGACGGUAAAAAGAACGAUCGAUACGUUUCACAAGUAUGCUCUAGACGCUAAUGAAUUCGAUACACCUCACGAUUUGUACAAUAUGCUAAAUGAGAAAUACGGGGAAAUCUUUCUAAUAGGAAGAGGUCAUAAUAUGGCGUCCCUAGUGAGCGUAUCUUACCAAAUGAUAGCAAUGUCACUUUUAACAAGGGGAAACGAUUUUACAUCCGAUCAUCUUGCGGACAUUGCCGUUCUGUUAAGUUCGUGCACCAAUGUUAUCAGUACCGAAGUACCAAUAGCCCUCGGUAAAAUAGCAGCGUGUAUCAGAAAGAGCGGUAAAGCGGAUGAAUUUAGCAAGAUUGAGAUUGCGAAAGUUAUGGACUGGUUGGAAUUAAAUUGCCCCCCGGCCUUGGAAAAAUUACUAACUUUUUUCGAAAUGCACGGUCACAGAUGUGUUCACGAAUUAGAUUUAGAAACGAAACCUUGGGUACUUGAACCCGACGCUAUCAUCAAUACGAUUCAGAUACUGACAACGUCCAUCGAGGAUAACUAUGUGAGUAAAACGCUUAGCGUGCAGGAAACCAUCGCAUCUUUGAAGACGCCUAUGUCACCGUUCGUCAAGUUUAUUCUACGGAAACUGAUACCCUUCUGUCGAAAAGCUGUCACGCUUAGAGAAAUGACAAAGAACGUGAUUGUAUCUGCUGUGCACACGUUAAGAUUAGCCUACAGACGACUUGGUGCUUUGAUGGUUGCGAAGAAUUAUAUACCCGAUGAAGAUCUGAUAUUUUUCUUAACGCAUCAAGAGAUCGGCCAUCUUUUGAAUAACCAUAAUCCAUUACUCGUGCGAAAAGCACUACAUAGAAAAAAGAUUCAUCGACAAGUAGCAAAACUUGAGUAUCCGGAAUUUAGUACCGGCAUGCCUGUACCGAUACAGAAGACCCUCGACGUCUCGACGGCCUACGAAGGAUGCGUAAAAAUCGAAGGUACUUCAGUUUACGGCGGCUCUGCGCUAGGCAGAGCCUGCGUGAUAACUGAUCUAUCCGAAGCAAAAAAUAUACAUCAUGGAGAUAUUUUGAUCACACACUGCACCGAUGUCGGUUGGAGUCCAUAUUUUCCGUUAUUAGCUGGAAUCGUAACAGAGUUGGGCGGUCUUAUAAGUCAUGGCGCUGUUAUAGCAAGAGAGUAUCGUCUUCCUUGCAUUGUUGGUGCUAAAAGAGCGACCCAAGUUUUCCAAACCGGUGACACUGUAUUAUUAGCUGGAAACAAUGGAAUAUUACAACUGAUUGAAAAAGCCUAGUUACUCAACUUGUUGUAUAUUGAAAUAUAGAUGGUGAAAACAGAUUUCCAUCUAUUUAUUACUUUACACUUGCGCAAUUAUAUUGAAAAAAAAAAAAAAAAAAAUACAAAGUUUUAUAUGAA